UACGCCAACCUGCAUUAUGCAUGCAAGUGCCGCGCUGACUAUACGGGACCGUUCUGUAACAUGACGAAAGUACAUGCUAUGUGCCAUGCGAUGAACAAGUGCAGCGGUAAGGCGAUUCGACUGUCUGUCGAGAAUCGCCAGUGUCAUUGUGUGUGCAAUGAGGAUUACACUGGCGAAAAUUGCAACAUACCUCUACCUUGCGCAAAUAUUCACUGCGAGCACAAGACUCACUGCAUAGACGGUGUCUGCAACUGCAGCGGCACCUUCUACGAGGGUAUCCGAUGCGAGAAGAUCAGUAGGGCGAAGCUGCGAGCACACAAUAUUGACAAAAAUCCGUGCUUGCAGACAGCGCUGAAUUGCAAUCCGGCCAUCAGGUCCAUGUGCACUCUCGCAAUGAUAGCUGUCUGGAUGCGACAUAUUGCAGAUGCAACAGUGCAACACCGUCCUCUCAAUAGAGAGGGACAGCACAAUUUCGUUGAACGUUUCCUGGUUUCACGUGCUUUCCUUUGGCGUGAUGCAAACUGUAUGAAAAAAUUUAAUGCGUGCGAAUUGACGCCGUUCGAAAAGUUUUGCAUGUAUGAUUAUGCGAGUUGCAAUGCCGAUGGAUCCAUGAACUACUCAACCCGCUGCAAGAACAACGGACAAUGUAUAGAAACGGCCGUUCUCCAUAUGGGUACUUCACGAGCCUUUACUUGCAAAUGUCCCUCGAGCCACAUGGGCCCGUUCUGCGAGUUCAAAAAUCCUUGCAUUUCCAAAAGCGCAUGUUCCAACGAUCGCGAUUGCGCUGUUGUGCCGGCUAAAGAUGGCUCUAAAGUUGAAAAGGUGUGCCACUGCAAGGAAGGGGUAGCAGGUAAACUAUGUCGCUGGAAAGAACGCGGUUUCGGUAGCGACGAACAAUGUGAAAAGAAUGAAUGCAGUGAGGCUGGAGUGUGUGUUCCAUGCCACAAAUUUAAGGGCAUCUGUAAAACUGGAGAAGAUUAUCAUCGUGGCUACGUCUGCGCCUGUGACAAAAGUCAAUCAGGAGUUUUCUGCAAUGCGACCAUUCAUCCGUGUGACAGCCACGAAUGCAAAAAUCACGGCACUUGUAUACCAAACGACGCUUAUACAUACAGGUGUCAGUGCAGAACAGGCAUCACUGGAUUGCACUGCGACAUUAUCGUGGAUAUUUGUGCAGUAAGAUUGCCAUGCAUGAAUGGUAUCUGCUUUCUGGACACAGUCCAAGAGCCAGGCUUCUUAUGCGAAUGUUUCGCGGGAUUCACAGGAACGCAGUGCGAAUUGCAAACAUAUCGCAUUUUCGGCAUUUGGGACAGCACCAAAAUUACGCUGUCUGCAUUUCAAAUGUUCUUCGUUUCAAUAGUUUCAACUGGCUUCUUUUAUUUUGGAUUGCGGCUGCUGAUAUCAUGGUUUCCGUACAAGUAA